UGUCUCGUUGGGCAAACUGUAUGUCCUGGCUUCUACUCACCUUAAGCCUGAGCUCUCAGCAGCAAAGAUUCUCGCCUUAUAAACACACUGAACUCAAAUUGGAUCACUUGCUGCACUUGGCCUCCCUCUCGGAUGUGGAUCAUCUGCGUAAGACAGUGCAAGCCCUAACAAUACCCAGGGUAGUUGACACUCCAGGCCAUACCAAAGUGCGAGAUUAUAUCACAGACUUCCUAAAGAACCUAAAAUGGCACGUGAAACUGGAUAUAUUCACCGAAAAAGUGCCCAUUUUGGGUUAUCUCACCUUUAUGAAUAUUGUGGCCAGUCAGAAUCCCAAAGCCAAGAGAUUCUUAAUGCUGGGCUGUCACUAUGACAGCAAAUAUUUUCCAGAUUUUGAAUUUGUUGACGCCACAGAUUCUGCGGUUUCCUGUGCCAUACUCCUACAUCUGGCCGAGGCUCUAAAGGAUCAGUUUCGAGAAUCUGAUCUCAGCUUGAUGUUUGUCUUCUUCGAUGGCCACGAGGCCUUUAAGAAAUGGUCGCAGACGGAUUCACUCUAUGGCUCUCGUCACUUGGCUCAACGUUGGCUUAAACACCACACUCUAGGCAAUAUUGAGCUCUUCCUGCUGCUGGACCUAAUAGGUUCUCCAGAUACGUCCUUCAAGCUGCUUAACAAAAGAACUUUUAGUUAUUACAAAAGAUUGGUUGAGCUGGAGAGGCGAAUCGUUAAAACGGGAAUCUUGCAGCGAAAAGAACAUAUUUUUCAAAUGGAAUAUGGUCAGGAUAUUAAAGAUGAUCAUCUACCUUUUCUAGAGCAAGAAGUGCCUGUGGUUCAUCUCAUAGCGAAUAAGUUUCCCAAGGUGGAAAAGGCAAUAGACUACCAGAUUGUGGAGCAAGUAGAUCUUGUCCUGCGAAUGUUUGUGGUGGAGUUUAUGCGAUCGAAAACCAUCUCGACAUCUUCUUUUCCUUACAUUUAAAUUGUUAAAUACUUAUGAAAUAUUUUCAAUAAUUAGUAUAAAUUU